AUGAUUGAGAUCACAGCUAACGAUCGGCUGGGGAAAAAAGUUCGGGUCAAAUGCAAUCCGACGGACACAAUUGGCGACCUUAAGAAGUUGAUUGCCGCCCAAACAGGAACAAAGUGGGAUCGUAUUAUCCUUAAAAAGUGGUACAAUGUGUACAAGGACCCCGUUACUCUUGCUGAUUAUGAAAUCAAGGAUGGAAUGAAUUUAGAACUUUACUACAAAUGA